UUGUAAUCAUAAGCGAAGGGAACCUUUGUGUUUUGCUGUUUUCUGUACACCGAAACCUUUCAUUCGUCAAUGUCUGGCUAACUGCAGUUUGAUCGCCGUGUGCAAAUUUGUCGCAGGGGCCUAUACUGGGUCGUCAGCGAUGCUUUCAGAAGCCAUUCACUCGGUCGUUGACUCUGGAAAUCAACUCUUAUUGUUGUAUGGGAUUAAAAAAGCCAAUCAAGAGGCAGAUGAUCAACAUCCCUUUGGCUAUGGUAUGGAGCUUUAUUUCUGGACUUUUGUUAUCGCUAUUCUGAUUUUUGCGAUUGGUGCUGGGCUUUCCCUCUAUAAAGGGUUUCUGCAUAUUCAACAUCCCUCACCCAUGAACAGCCCUUAUGUGAACUAUAUCGUUUUAGUUGUGAGCAUGGUUUUUGAAGCAAUUGCUUGUACCAUUGCCUAUCGUGAGUUCAAUAAAGUUAGAGAAAGCACAAGUUUUUUCAAAGCGAUACGUCAUUCGAAAGAUCCAACUAUUUUUACAGUGCUUUUCGAAGAUACUGCUGCAAUGAUUGGUCUUAUCAUCGCCUUUUUAGGUGUGGCUGGGAGUCAUAUUUUAGGUUGGCAUAUCUUAGAUGGUGUUGCCUCAAUCAGUAUCGGCAUAGUCCUUGCCUUAGUCGCGAUUUUUCUAGCCAUUGAAUGCAAAGGACUAUUAAUCGGAGAAGCUGCCGAUCCACUAAUCGUCAAUGAGAUCCGGGAUUACCUCCAAAAUGACACUCGCAUCAAAAGAACCAAUGAGCUAUUAACGAUGCAUUUUAGCCCGAACGAAAUCUUAUUGAAUGCAAGCCUAGAUUUUAAAGACGGCCUUUCUGCGGAAGUUGUAGAAGCAGCAAUUUCAGAAUUUGAAGGGAGUAUAAAAUCCAAAUUUCCGUCGAUCAGACGAGUUUUUAUUGAGGCACAAAGUUGGAAAGGACAUCAAGAAAACGCUUUGACAGAGGGAAAUACUGAGUCAUAA